CCCAGCGGCAUCGCGGCGGGAAAACGAGGUGCUUUUCCCGCCAAGGCGCCCCUAAGCCCCACCGCCCCAGUCUUCGCUCCGGCCGCCCUUCCCCUUCCUCCCCAACACUCUCAUCCCCGCAACAACCGCCUACCGGCCCGCGCGCGCUGUAGUCUCCGGCAGACACCAACAAGGCUCGUCACUCCCCUACCUCCCUCGGUACUCGCUCCGUCUCUCGUCUCUCGCUCGCGCAUCGGCUGGGGGCACGGAGAACGGGAGGCGCGGAAGGUCAGAAGCGGCGGCCGGCGGCGCAUCGGCCUCGCCCAGGCCUAGUCCCGCACGGUGCUCGGUCCUUCUCCGAUUCUCCCACAGCCUCGCCCCCUCGCCCCUGCGCCCCUGCGCCCCUGCGCGUCCAGCGCCCCAACCCCAGCGGCCUGCGGCACUGAUCCACAGUCCACAGACCCGGACACCGGCCGGGCGAGGAUCCGCUGACCACGCAGCCUCCAACGCCGCAUGGAGAUCGUGCGCUCCCAGAGGCAGGUCGCCGCCGCAGCCAGUGGCGGCGGCGGCGGCGGCGCGGGGGCCCUGCCGACCUACAAGGCGGCGCCGCAGCUCGAGGUGCGGCUGGAGGAGUUCGAGCUCUUCGCCAUCGACCGCCUCCGAGUUCUCAAGGGGAUUUCGGAUGGACUCUCGCGUGGGAAGAGGCCGGAGGAGAUGGAGAAACUGGUCAGUGAAUUGUGGAAGACACACAUGAGGCACCAGGAUCCAGCAGAGAAUUUGAACAAGGAUAUAAUAUCGCACUUUGUGCUCCGUCUAGUCUACUGCAGAACGGAAGAAUUGCGGAAGUGGUUUCUCUCCAUGGAGACUACACUUUUUCGGUAUCGCUUUCGGCUUGAGAGUCCUGAAACACAGAGGAUGCUUAUGACUGAGUUUCAAUUGCCGUAUAAAGCACUGCCAUACUCAGAGUUUGAGGCUGUGAAAGACAAAUUGAGCCAAGUUGCACGUUCCAUUGGUCAAUCUGCCAGUGUUGAGCAUGUGUUCUUCAAGGUACCUUUCGAAGAAGUUCCUGAUCUUGUUGCUGGCCGUCGGGUAUUUCUUUCAAAAGGCUAUGCUUAUGUGGCCAUGAGCCAGGUGGUUUCUCUAGUGGUUACUCAAUUCCGCUGCAAUAUCUCAAAGGCACUUGCUUUAACAAACAGAAAAUGGACAGCAACUAUUAAAGAACAAGAAAAGGACAGGUUGACUCCUAUUGUUGAAGCAUUAAGCAAUGCGUAUUUUGGACCUGAUUACUCUCAGCCAAAGGAUGCUGUUGACAUAUCUCUAAAGGAUAUUGACCAACUGGCUAAAAGUUCUUUCCCUCUUUGUAUGCGGCAUAUGCUAGAUAAGUUGAGAGAAAACCACCAUCUGAAGCAUGGCGGCAGAAUGCAGUUUGGUCUUUUUCUUAAGGGUGCUGGACUAAAGUUGGAAGAUGCUCUUGCGUUUUGGAGGGCGGAAUUUUCUCAAAAGAUUGGUUCUGAGCGGUUUGACAAGGAAUAUGCCUAUGCCAUCAGACAUAAUUAUGGAAAAGAAGGAAAACGGACAGAUUACACUCCAUAUUCAUGUCAAAAGAUCAUUUCUGCAACACCUGGCGUUGGAGAUCACCAUGGAUGUCCGUUUCGACAUUUUGGUGAAGAAAAUUUGCGGGCAGCACUCAACAAAAUGGGCGUUGGUGGGCAUGCAUUGGAAGAGGUAAUGGAUAAAGUGAAGAACAGGCAUUACCAGGUAGCUUGCACAUUAACCUUUGAGGCCACACACGGUGUCUCCUGUGAUUCUGGAAUCAACCAUCCAAAUCAAUAUUUCAGUGAAAGCCAGAAAGUUCUGCGAGCCAAAAACCAAACAAUGGAGAGCCAAUCGCAAUCAGCAACCUAAAUUGUGUCAGCAGCUGGAGAAACUAUACAUUUCCAAAAAACUUACCAGCAGGUAAGCACUGAAGCAAAAUUCAUCCUUGAUGCCAAUUAUGUUAUCGUCAUUGGCUGUACCUUUGGCGCUUACCUGGAAUAUUGUUGCUCCCUGGUGUUUCCAAAUCCCAGCUGCUGGCUUGGCCUAAAACGAAAACCUCCAGGCUCCAGCUGCUAGCUGUCAUACCCUACAAGUGAUGGCACCGCACUCUACACUAGAAUUGUUACCUAGUGCUGCGAACAGCAGCAGGUCAAGGCGUCUGUAGACUCUGUACAUGUAAUUCUCGAAAGAACCAAGACUUCUGCAUUUAAUGUAGGAUCAGCUGUGCUGUGCUCUUAGACCUCAUCCACCAGUUUAUCUAUAAAUUUAUCCAAAAUACUGUCUUUCAUUGUUCUAUAUUGUAAACCGCGUUGUUCGCGUAGUAGGGUUUGAAAUGGGGAUGAUAAUGGAUAAACUGUUGGAGAUAGUAUUA